AUGGCGUCGCAAUCUACGAGCAGUCAGAGACCGGUGGAGCCGUGCCGAUACAAGACAGGAAAAACGCUGGGAGCGGGCUCGUACUCGGUCGUGAAGGAGUGCGUGCACAUCGACACCGCUCGCUACUAUGCGGCCAAGGUGAUCAACAAGCGCCUGAUGGCCGGGCGCGAGCACAUGGUCCGCAACGAGAUAGCAGUGCUGAGACGGGUGUCCGUAGGCCACCAGAACAUCCUCACGCUGGUCGAUUACUUUGAAACUCAGAACAACCUGUAUCUGGUUACUGAUCUCGCCUUGGGUGGGGAGCUCUUUGACCGUAUCUGCCGAAAAGGCAGUUACUUCGAGUCCGAUGCCGCGGAUCUCGUUCGGGCGGUACUCUCUGCCGUGGCUUAUCUCCAUGACCAUGAUAUUGUACACCGUGACUUGAAGCCUGAGAACCUGCUGUUCCGCACCCCGGAGGACAAUGCGGAUCUUCUGAUUGCCGAUUUCGGUCUGUCAAGGAUUAUGGACGAGGAGCAGUUUCAUGUCCUUACCACGACAUGCGGAACUCCGGGGUACAUGGCGCCGGAGAUCUUUAAGAAGAGCGGGCACGGCAAGCCAGUUGAUAUCUGGGCGAUCGGCGUCAUCACUUACUUCCUUCUGUGCGGGUACACACCAUUCGACCGCGACUCGAACCUGGAAGAGAUGCAGGCGAUCCUGGCGGCGGACUAUUCAUUCACGCCGCUGGAGUACUGGCGCGGCGUAUCACAAGAGGCGCGCAACUUCAUCAACCGCUGCCUCGCCACCGACCCGCAAGUCCGCAUGACCGCGCACCAGGCCCUGCAACACCCAUGGGUCAACCCGCCGCACGACACGACGCAGACCCGCACCAACGAGGACCUGCUGCCCACCGUCAGGAAGAACUUCAACGCUCGCCGCGUCCUGCACCGCGCCAUCGACACCGUGCGCGCCAUCAACAAGCUGCGCGAGGGCGGCGGCUUCAUGAUGGACGGCGCUUUGAGCAUUGAUCCCAAGCCGGAGCGCGUCAAUGGCGACGAGGUCGUCGAGGAGGAACACCAUGCUCCUCCUGCCCCUGCGGAAGCCGCCGCACAGGAAAACAAUCCCCCUCCGGCUGCAGCUGCCCCUGCUCGUCCCAUACAGAUGGAUAGUCGUGGAAAUGCCCGCGGCCAGACCGAGGAGCAGAUCCGUGAGCAGGAGCGCAAAGUUAAGGAGAUGGUGACUGGGCUGUGGAGCCGCGGCCGUCAUGCGAAAUAA